AUGUUCAAAAGGAAAAAAGAGUAUAAUAAUAAAGUGAAAAAAAAAAGAAUGGGAUUUCUGCAGGAGCUCAUGCUGUCUGCGGUCGGUGCAGCUGUGAGCUUCCUGGUGUUGUACGUUGGGCGUAAACAUUUGGACCCCAAUCGGGACGCCUCUGAGAAAGCCCUCGAGCACAAGAAGGAAAUCGUCAAGCGCUUGGGAAGGCCUCUCAUUCAGACUAAUUCGUACGAGCAACUCUAUGAAUUGGUUAUUCUUCCACUACGCAGACCUGAACUUUUUUCUAGUGGAAAGCUUCUUUGUCCUCAAAAAGGUGUUUUGCUAUAUGGGCCGCCUGGCACCGGGAAGACAAUGCUUGCGAAAGCAAUUGCAAAAGAAUCCGGAGCUGUUUUCAUUAAUGUGAGAGUAUCCAACCUUAUGAGCAAGUAUUUCGGGGAUGCACAGAAAUUGGUGACUGCUGUAUUCACUUUGGCGUACAAACUCCAGCCAGCUAUAAUUUUCAUUGAUGAAGUGGACAGCUUUCUGGGCCAACGCAAGUCCAUGGACCAUGAAGUAAUGGCUAACAUGAAGACCGAGUUUAUGGCUUUGUGGGAUGGGUUCACUACUGACAUUAUGGUGAGGCCAUUCUCAUUGUAUUUUGUGUUUGUUGCGGAGCAUGCUCGGGUUAUGGUACUUGCUGCCACUAAUCGUCCAUCAGAACUUGAUGAGGCGAUUUUGAGACGUUUUCCACAGGCAUUUGAAAUUGGGCUCCCGAAUCGCAUGGAGAGGGCUGCAAUCUUAAGAGUGAUACUAAAUGACGAGAAAGUUGAAGAUGGUAUCAAUUAUGACCAUUUAGCUGGUUUAUGUGAUAGGUGCACUGGUUCUGAUCUUCUCGAGCUCUGCAAAAAGGCUGCUUAUUUCCCAAUUAGGGAGAUGCUUAAUUAUGAGAAAAAUGGAAAUACAUCUCAGAAGCCAAGGCCAUUGUCACAGUUGGAUAUUGAGAUAGUAAUUGCUACAACCAAAGGAACAAGGGCUGCAGCAAAUGAAUACAGCAGCCGAUCAAACUCGCAUUUUCUCGAAAACUCUUCUCAGACCGAAUCAGACGAUUAUCAGUGGACAAAAUUUGGGCCAAAUGAUUUGGGCUGUAGCUGUAUUUUGGUUGCUAGAUCUGAUUUGGCUUCCAGCAGUCUAAUGUUGUCUUUUUCAAGGAUGAAUUGGAUUUCAGAAAAAGCUUUGAGUUUAGCAAUGAAUUUCAUAAUUGGAGCUUUUAAACCAGCAUGCAACAUUUCAGUUGUUUUUACUGAUGGGAAAUCUCGGAAACAGGUGCCAUUGAAGAAGGAAAAUGGUCAAACAGUAAUGGUCCCACUUUUCCAAAGUCAGGAAAGCGUAUCUGGGAAGAUCUCUGUCGAACCAGUUUCUGGGAAAAAGGUGGAACACAAUGGAAUUAAGGUUGAGCUUCUCGGUCAGAUAGUUUGUGCUUUUAUUAACAUCCGUUCUCUUGCAGAAAUGUACUUCGACAAAGGCAACUUCUAUGAUUUCACCUCUCUUGUUCGUGAACUGGAUGUUCCGGGAGAAAUAUAUGAAAGGAAAACAUAUCCAUUUGAAUUUUCAACUGUGGAAAUGCCAUAUGAGACGUACAAUGGAGUGAAUGUGCGGCUUAGGUAUGUCCUAAAAGUGACAAUAAGUCGGGGCUAUGCUGGAAGCAUUACCGAAUACCAGGACUUUGUGGUCAGGAAUUUUAGCCCACCUCCAUCAAUCAACAACAGUAUCAAGAUGGAAGUUGGAAUUGAGGACUGUCUCCAUAUCGAGUUUGAGUACAAUAAGAGCAAGUAUCAUCUGAAAGAUGUUAUUAUAGGCAAAAUAUACUUUCUUCUUGUUCGAAUCAAGAUAAAAAAUAUGGAUCUUGAGAUUCGGCGCCGAGAAUCGACGGGCUCAGGGCCCAACACUCAUGUCGAGACUGAGACACUUGCAAAGUUUGAACUAAUGGAUGGUGCUCCAGUCAGAGGCGAAUCAAUUCCAAUCAGAUUGUUCCUAAGCCCAUAUGAGCUGACUCCAACAUACCGGAACACAAACAACAAAUUUAGCGUCAAAUACUUUUUAAACCUUGUGCUCGUUGAUGAGGAGGACCGUCGAUAUUUCAAGCAACAGGAGAUCACAAUGUACCGGCUUGGUGAAACAUCAUCUUGAUUUUCGACUUAUUGAAUGCAUUUCAAGCCUUACAUGAAAGUCGUGCAUUUUUAGCCUUUGUCCUGUUGAAUUUGUGGUGCUUCUUAAAAAGGAUAAGGAAAACGAGUUAGCUUUUUAUUGUUCGUCUUGAUCAGUUAGACCCAUCUUUGAUUCCAAAAAUACGUACAGUUGUACAGAGGAAGGACUGUGUGAACUGCAUAUAGAUCUCAUUUUCUUCGAAAUUGUGGUGAUUAUGAGGGUCGCGACAUGUUUUGUGCUUUGCUGGGAUUAAUCUUUAUGUAUUCUGAUUGAAACAUGUUGAGACUUUAUUCGGGUGUUUUAAUUUAUCCUUGAGACGAUUUUUCCGCAUCUAAAUGGCUUCCUGCUUGCUGUUUUUAUGUCAC